CCCAAGGGAAAAAAAGUUCCUAAAAGACAAACCAAACCACCUUUCAUAAAUCAACCAUAAGUGCAAGCUUUCCCACAAAAGUUCUGGAUAUAAACCAAUCUGAGCAGAGUUUUCAAGGAAUCCCUCAGAAGAUGGGCAUAAGGAACUACCAUGUAGGUGAUAUGAAUCUUUGCUUUCAGCCUCCAACCUUCAUAGAAUGGCUCAAACCAUCAUCCUCUAUCCCCCCUCCAUCAUCAUCUUCAUCUUCUUCUUCUUCUUCUUCUUCCUCCUCUUCUUUUUCUUCUUCUUCUUCUGCGCCUCUACAAGUUCAUCAGUUCACAAAUUCCAUGAUCAGUUCCUUGAAACUGCCUCUGUUUUACCAACAACAGCAAGAGUUGGCUCAGGAAACAACCCAGUGUUUGCCUCUUCUAAGCAGGUUUACAGAAACAAAACCCUUGAAGGAGGAAGAUUUCGGAGUUCAAAAGGAGAGCGCUGGAAUUAAAGAAGAGAAAUUAGAGAAAGUUACGGUGGCCUUGCACAUUGGAUUGCCUAGUAGUACUGGAGAUUCAGAUGCUCAGAACAAGUCUUUUAACUUUAAGGAAGAUCAGGAACCCACGAAGACGAGCUUUCAUGGGUAUUCUUUCAAUACCGAGAGUAGGUUUUGGAUCCCAACGCCAGCACAGAUCCUUGUUGGGCCGAUGCAGUUUGCUUGCUCCAUAUGCAGCAAGACCUUCAAUAGGUAUAAUAACAUGCAGAUGCAUAUGUGGGGGCAUGGAUCUGAAUAUAGAAAAGGACCAGAAUCCCUCAGAGGGGCACAACCAGCAGCAAUGCUGAGGCUACCUUGUUAUUGUUGUGCUCAAGGUUGCAAGAACAACAUCAACCAUCCUCGAGCAAAACCAUUGAAGGACUUCAGAACACUUCAAACCCACUACAAAAGAAAGCAUGGAGCAAAGCCAUUCAUGUGCAGAAAAUGUGGAAAAACAUUUGCUGUGAAAGGAGAUUGGAGAACACAUGAAAAGAACUGUGGAAAGUUAUGGUAUUGCACUUGUGGUUCUGACUUCAAACAUAAAAGAUCGCUAAAGGAUCACAUAAGAUCCUUUGGGAAGGGUCAUUCUCCACACCCUUCUCAUGAAGGCUUUGAUGAUGAGAAGGAGUGCAUCACUGGGUCUGAAGACGAAUAUGUUCGCCUGUGAAGAUUGCAGCAGUACCUUUUAUUUUAGGUUUAUCUAAAGAUUUUAAGUAUAGACACUGAAGGUUGAAGGGCUUUAAGCUUAUGCUCAGUAACAAAAAAUUCUCAAGUGCCUUCUGUAGGGAAGCACAACGGGAGGGGUUUGCUACGGAGCAUUUGCUGGACAAAGAGCUAUUAGUAGUAAUUUUACGGUUUGUGUGCGUAGUGGUUUGGCAAUAAGAUGAUUACCCCAAAGUCAUGAAGUAGAUGAAUUUUCUUCUCUCUUGGCAAGGCCAAGUAGCUCCCCACUUAUUUUUCAAGCUUUUGUCAUCUACCCAAGGGAGAAAAUUUAUCCACUUCAUUACUAAAGUAAGGGUAAUCUAACAUAAGUACUGUACUUCUCAUAAAAUAUAUAUCAGUACUCUUUCUCUUUUUCUCUCUCAA